CAGCGACGACUCCCCGCCCCGCCGCCCCACCCCCGCCAUGCCUCCGCUGCGCACAUAUGGCAGCAAACGCUCCGCAUCCGCCCGCGCUACCGCCGCUGCAAUGUUCGGCCAGGCCGAGGAGGAUUUGGCGUACGCCGUUGGCUCCCUCUCCCUCCAACCGGAGGAAGAGGAGGAGUUGACUUUGGAGAACGCAAGCAUCAUACCCGUCCCCGCGUCUCUCCUUCCGCUCGUCACCGCAUACAAGACCGACAUUGGAAGACCGCUGCUUGUUCAGGACUGGAACGAUAUCCUUGACGACCACGCAGAUGUCACCAAGAUCGCCGAGGCAUCGUAUGCAGAGGUCUACCGAGUCAACACUGCUGCCGGUUCGUCCAUCCUCAAGGUCAUGAGAAUCAGAAUGGAAGAGCAACCCGAGUCUAUGCGAUGCUACACAGCAAGCGAUGUCAAGGCCAUUAUUUCCGAGAUCCGCAUCAUGAACGCUCUUACUACCGUCCCUGGCUUCGUUACCUACAAGGAUGCACAUUUGGUUCAAGGCAUGAUUCCUCCUUGCAUUACGAAGGCUUAUCGUAAGCAUGUUAAGGCCCUCAAGCGUGAUGGAGGUUGGAGCCACUUUCCGGUUCCGCACACAUUGCCUGAAGAGACUAUCUACUUGGUUAUCGAGCUUGGUGAUGCUGGUGACGUCCUGGACGAGGUUGGCCUUGAUACUAAAGAGCAGGUUUGGGAUGUCUUCAUUGGUGUUACUAUUGCUCUCGCUCGUGCCGAGGUCACCAACGAGUUCGAGCACCGUGAUCUUCAUGAGAACAAUAUCUGCGUCAAGCUUGGUCCGAAGAGACCAGUAGGCGAUGAUAAUCAUGACGAUGCCAAUGGCCCCAAGUACGGUUCUACGGGCUGGGAGAUCACUCUCAUCGAUUACGGACUGUCUCGUACUCAGCUUCCCAAUGGCGAGAUUGCUUUCAACAACCUUGAGGAUGAUCUACGUCUCUUCGGUAGUCAGGGAUUCGGUAUCGCUCGUGUGCAAUAUGAGACUUAUCGUCGUAUGCGUACCUACCUCAUCCUAGGAACCCGCACCGUAAAACAAGCCGGCUGGCAGAAGGACUUUCGCUUCCGCGACGUCAAAACCCCACGUUCCUGGUCCGAAUUCCUUCCCUACACCAAUGUCCUCUGGCUUCGCUACUUGCUCCUGAUGCUGAUCCGCAAGCUCAAGGACAAGCAUCCCAGUCUGGCUAAGAAUGUAGAAGCUGAGGCUAAGGAGCUGAAGCGACAAUUCGAACCUAUGACCAAGGUCGAGAAUGGAGCUUUUAGCACCGCGCAAGAUGUUCUGGUUUGGUUGGUUGGUGCAGGAUGGGUUACUGAGGAGCAGAUUUCUGGGGAGGAUGGUACGAGCUUUCUGACUAUGGGUGAACCCGAGACCGAGGCUGAGGUCGAGGGAGACAAUGCCAGUGGAGACAAUGCCGAGGAAAAUGUUGAGGAAGACGCCGAGGAAGAUGGCGAAGAAGAUGGUGAAGAAGACGCCGAGGAGGACUUGUACAGUGCCGAUUAAUCCGCGAGGUCUGCAUAUGGAGGGCGUAUUCUGAUUUUCGACAUGGCAUUGCGAUGGUACAUGAACAUGGGACACCUGCACAUAUGAUGAUUCUGGCGUUGAGGGGAAAGAAGCGGCAUGCAUAGCCAGAGGCGUUACUUUAUGAUCAGGUUGAUAAUCUCAACUUGAGGCUCUAUUGUCUUGCUGACUAAAUCAGAGACAGUAGACAGAGACGAAUG